UAGACUGCAGAAGUAGACAGAAGAGCUUUGGUGUGCUAGUUAGACGCAGUCAUAGUGAACUCUAAACGCUCUUCUAAAUUGCGAAUUAUGGCCCAGGCCACAAGCGAUAUGAGUGUCAACAUGGAGAUUUCCGACGGAGCUGUCAUCCACAGUGCUAUAGGGUCGUGCAUGGAGAUGGAAGAUCGGAGAACCGGGGAGGAAGAGGAGGAGGAAGAUGAGAUCGAACUGGCCGAAGAGGUAGAUGAGGAUAUCGACAUUGUAGAUGAUGGAGGAGAAAGCAAUGCAAUGCCCUCAACAGACGUGAUUAUCCAUAAAACAGAGGAGAAGGAUAUUAUGGAAGAUGUAGCGGACCAAGUUGGCCAAGAAAGAGUAGUUCUGCAAAAUGAGGUAAAUGCUGGAGAGAUGGAGAAAGAAGAAGAAAAAGAAGAAGUGGACAUAACCGCCAAACUACCAACGGCUGAACUACAGGUGACAGAUGAACUGCAAACGACAACACAAACACAAGUGCCAGAACUUCCAAACAAAGCUGAAGAGCUUAGAGGAACGUUAAAAGAACCGAGCAUGGAUCGAGGAGAUCACAGGCUGGAAACAUUGUACGAAGACGAAAAGGAAAGCGACGAAACACAAAUGCAAACCUUGACGGAGACGCAGGAACGUCACGAGCGGCUCCUGUCUGAGGUAAGAAAGUUUACCUGUAGCCUCCUCCAGAAAAUAAAAAGCAAGUCCAGAGAAGAUCAAACUGAGCAAGUAAAGAGCGACGUGCUUUUGCAAGAAGAGGAGGUGAAGGUGGAAAGCCGGGUUGAUGAGGAUGUAAAAAACGAUGUAGAUGAAGAGCCACGGACGGUUUCUACCAGUGAAGGAGAAUCUAUGCACUUUCAGAGUCUUGGGGAAGAGGAAGCAACAGCAACAUCUGAUGACGUUAGUCAAGAACAGUCUACAACCGAGGUGCCUUUAGUGGAGGACUGUGCAGCAGUCGGAGAGCCAAUGUGCAAUGAUGCCUUCGAGACAAAUAGUGCUGAAAAGACCACUUACAGUCCACCCGAAGAAAGGUUGCUUGACCAGAUUGCAACAGAGCAACCAUCAGCUGAUAUAAUUGGUGGAAACAUAGGGGAGAUGGUCCAGAAUUCAGAUCAAUCGGUGGAAAGAGUUGUGCUAGAACAUGAAAGACUAGAGCGGAUUGAACAGGUAGUCAAUCUGGAGAACCGCGAAAGAACAGUAGCAGAUACUGAAGAAGAAGCUAUUGUCAAUGGACCGAGAGGAGCUGAUAAAGGAGUAGAAGGCAUUGAUAAUGUUCAAGAAGAUGCUCAAGUUGUUGUAGAGAUUACAGAAGAGCGGGUCAAGAAGGAGGAGCUUCCUAUAAAGAAGGGAAGCUGCACAAAGGCAGAACAGCCACUUGAUGAUCCUGAGGUUGUAGAAGAGGGAGAGAGCAAGAAGCAGGAACAGCUGGGCAAUAGCAAGUGGGAGGUCGCGGAGGGAGGCGAUGCUGCAAAGAAACAGCCGAAACAAGAAGCGCCAGCACCUAUAGAGGAGGGGGUGGGGAACUGGCUAGAAGAGCUCAAGGCUGUCAUUGAAGAUGAGCCCAGGAGGAAAGCCCAGGGAGGGCGUAAAGUCACCAUACCUGCCUGGUUGAAGGCCAGCGAGAGCUCGGAUGCCCAUCUCCAAGAGCCGCCCAAGCCCCUCGGCUGUCGGGUCAGGAACGUGAGCGGGGUCAGCGAAGGAGAGGUGAAUAUCAAGGCCAAAGUUCAAGAGGUCAUCACGGCGAAUGGGUGCCCUGGGAAGCCAGCUGCCGUAGUUGAACAGGAAGAGGAAAAACCCCCGGAAAAUACGGCAACGAUGGAGAGUCCGGCUCAACAGGAAGGCAAUCCACAUGACAUGCAGGUCUCCCUCUAUGUGAAGGCCGGCAGCGACGGGGAGAGCAUCGGGAACUGUCCGUUCUCUCAGAGACUCUUCAUGAUCCUCUGGCUGAAAGGAGUCAUCUUCAACGUCACCACUGUGGACCUCAAGAGAAAGCCGGCGGAUCUUCAGGAUCUCGCUCCGGGAACCAACCCUCCGUUCAUGACCUUCAACGGAGAGGUGCUGGUGGAUGUCAACAAGAUCGAAGAGUUUCUCGAGGAGCGACUGGUCCCACCGCGAUACCCAAAGUUGGCAGCGAAGCAUCCAGAAUCCAACACAGCGGGGAUAGAUGUAUUUGCCAAGUUUUCUGCCUACAUCAAGAACCCCCGUAAAGAAACUAACGAGGGUCUGGAGAAAGCUCUUCUGAAGUCUCUGAAGAGGUUGGAUGAGUAUUUGCAGACGCCGCUGACCGAUGAAAUAGAUGCCAACGGCGUGGAUGAUCCCGGCGUGUCCAGACGCAGUUUUCUGGAUGGACCUGACCUCACGCUGGCCGACUGCAACCUGCUGCCCAAACUACACAUCAUCAAGAUCGUUGCCAAGAAGUACAGGAGUUUUGAGAUUCCUGCUGACUUGACCGGGGUUUGGCGAUAUAUGAACAACGCCUACAAGAGAGAGGAGUUCAUGAACACCUGCCCUGCUGAGCGAGAGAUCGAGUUCGCCUACCUGGACGUCGCCAAAAAGAUCAAAUAGUUCAGGAUGAUGAGACAAGUAGUGCUAGUGUGUGUGUGCAUUGGCGUCUGUGGUUUAUGGGGACACCAAUUAGUUUAAUCACGUGGGUAUUACAUUCUGAAGGUGGUUUAUGAGGACACCGCCAAUUUAAAUGGCGUUUUUGAAAGUUUCCUGCAGAUUUUACAGUAUAAAAACCAUUACGCCUUUGGAGAGUCCCCAUAAAACACUGUGUGUGUGUGUGUGUGUGUGUGUGUGUGUGUGUGUGUGCGUGUGUGUGUGCGCUCACUGGUGGAGCUGCACUAUGCUACAUUGAUCACAAAUCAGUAGACUGGCAUACGUUUUCCUUCAAUCAAUGGCGGGACCAGGAAAAUAGUUUAAGACCAGACACAGAGAUAAAAUCCUCUUUAACGAUCAAUCUGUCUUCAUAUAUUACACAGACAGACAUGAUAUU